AUGGCACCGCCACCCCCCACCCCGUCCAUUUCGCUCAGGAUGCUGGUCCCCGCCCUCCUCGCGCUCUUCCUCGGCUUCAGAGUGCGCGCAGGCCCUUCACCCCACUUCCUGCAACAGCCAGAGGACCUGGUGGUGCUGUUGGGAGGCGAAGCCCGCUUGCCCUGUGCCCUGGGAGCCUACCGGGGACUAGUUCAGUGGACAAAGGAUGGUCUGGCUCUAGGGGGUGAACGGGACCUGCCAGGAUGGUCCCGGUACUGGAUAUCGGGGAACGUGGCCAGCGGCCAGCAUGAUCUCCAUAUCAGGCCCGUGGAGCUUGAGGAUGAAGCACUGUACGAGUGCCAGGCCACCCAAGCCGGUCUCCGAUCACGCCCUGCCCAAUUGCACGUGCUAGUGCCCCCUGAGCCCCCCCAGGUGCUGGGCGGCCCCCUUGUGUCUCUGGUGGCUGGAGCUCCUGCGAACCUGACGUGUCGGAGCCGAGGGGAAGCCCGCCCCAGUCCUGAGCUACUGUGGUUCCGAGACGGGGUCCGGCUGGAUGGGACCACCUUCCACCAGAUUCUGCAGAAGGACAGAGCCACAGGGUCGGUGGAGAGCACCUUGUUUCUGACCCCUUCCAGCCAUGAUGAUGGAGCUACUUUGGUCUGCCGGGCCUGGAGCCAGGCCCUGCCCACAGGGAGGGACACAGUUGUCACAUUAAGUCUGCAGUACCCGCCUGUGGUGACUCUGUCGGUGGAGCCGCAUUCGGUGCAGGAGGGACAGAAGGUCACUUUCGUGUGCCAGGCCACGGCCCAGCCCCCGGUCACCGGCUACAGGUGGGCCAAAGGGGGCUCUCCGGUGCUGGGCGCCCGCGGGCCAAGGUUGGAGAUUGUGGCAGAUGCCUCGUUUCUGACCGAGCCCGUGUCCUGCGAGGUCAGCAACGCCGUGGGGAGCGCCAACCGCAGCACAGCCCUGGACGUGAUGUUUGGGCCCAUUCUGGAGGCAAGGCCGGUGCCCAUGUCCGUGGAUGUGGGGGAAGACGCCUCCUUCAGCUGUGCCUGGCGGGGGAACCCGCUCCCGCGGAUAACCUGGACCCGCCGAGGAGGCACACAGGUGCUUGCCUUCGGCCCCAUGCUGCGUCUCCCGUCGGUGGGGCCGGAGGACGCUGGCGAUUACCAGUGCAGAGCAGAGCCCGGCCCUUCGGGGCGCGGAGGAGGAGCUGCGGACGCCAGGCUGACGGUGAAUGCUCCCCCUGUGGUGACCGCCCUGCGCUCCGCGCCCGCCUUCCUGAGGGGACCCGCCCGCCUGCAGUGUCUGAUUUUCGCCUCUCCCGCACCGGAGGCUGUGGUCUGGUCUUGGGAUGAGGGCUUCCUGGAGGCAGGGUCGCGGGGCCGGUUCCUGGUGGAGACUUUCCCAGCCCCGGAGGGUCCUGGCUGGGUCUCUGUGCUACACAUUUCCGGGACGGAGGACUCCGACUUCAACAAAGGCUUCAAUUGCAGUGCACGGAACCGGCUGGGCGAGGCCCGCGCUCGGGUCACCCUGGGCCGCAGAGAUUUGCUGCCCACUCUGCGGCUUGUAGCCGGAGUGGCCUCUGCAGCUGUCACUCUCCUGAUGAUCAUCACUGGAGUGGCCCUGUGCUGCUGGCGCCAUGCCUCUUUCUCCAAGCAAAAGCAGCUGGUACGUGUCCUGGGCAGCAGUGACAACUCCAGUUCCAGGUGCCCAGAGGAGGAGACAGGCAGCAGCGAGGAGCCGGGCUCCCUGAUGCACAAUGACCGCAGUGACCUGGCUCUGGGUGAGGAAGGGGCGCUGGAGACCAAGGACCCAACCAACGGCUACUACAAGGUCCGGGGAGUCAGUGUGAGCCUGAGCCUGGGUGAAGCUCCUGGAGGAGGCCUCUUCUUGCCACCCACCUCCCCGCUGGGACCUCCAGGGACCCCUACCUACUAUGACUUCAACCCACACCUGGAUGUGAUGCCUCCAUGCAGACUGUAUCGAGCCCGGGCGGGCUAUCUCACCACGCCCCAUCCUCGCGCCUUCACCAGUUACGUUAAACCCACAUCCUUUGGAACUCCAGAUCUGACCUCUGGGACGACCCCCUUCCCGUAUGCUGCCUUCCCCACCCCCAGCCACCCACGACUUCAGACUCAUGUGUGA